CAAACAAGACAGGCGGAUGAUGAUAUCUUUACUGCACAAGUGAUGAAAAGUGAUUACUAGAUAGCUGCUUUUAUUGAAAAUACCUAUGGCGGAACCUAAAUUCUGAUACUGUUGGGUCUGUGAAGUCAAGUUUUAUAGCAAAAGAGAAAAGAUGGGAUGCAACUGCAGUUCAGAUUACUCGGACACUGAAUGGAUCGAGAAUUUGGAUGUCAUUUGUGAGCACUGUAACUGUCCCAUACCUCCACGAUCGUGCAACCCAGAUAUAGAUCAACUGAUUCCCACUUCACCACCUUCAUCUCCUCUACAAGAGAACCUGGCGGUGGCCUGCUACAGCUAUGAACCCACACAUGAUGGUGACCUGGGGUUUGAGAAGGGAGAAAAACUCAAGAUAAUUAACAGGGAUGAUCCAGAGUGGUAUAUGGCAGAAUCUCUUACCACAGGACAGCGGGGCUUCAUCCCACACAACUUUGUUGCAAUGAACACAGUGGAGACUGAACCGUGGUUCUUUAAGAACAUUUCUCGAAACGACGCCAUGAGACUCCUGCUUGCUCCCGGGAACACAAAAGGCUCUUUCCUUAUUCGUGACAGUGAAACAACCCCAGGGUCAUACUCCUUAUCAGUCAGGGACUUGGACCAAAGCACCGGUGAUGGAGUGAAGCACUACAGGAUCCGAAACCUAGAUCGUGGUGGCUUCUACAUCACCACCAAGUUAUCUUUUAAUUCACUGAAGGAGCUUGUCCAGCACCAUUCACGUGAUGCGGAUGGUUUGUGUACCAAGUUGGUGAAGCCUUGCCAGUCAAGAGCACCUCAGAAACCUUGGUGGCAAGAUGAGUGGGAGAUCCCUCGAGAGUCCUUGAAAUUGGUGAAAAAGCUUGGUGCAGGCCAAUUUGGAGACGUCUGGAUGGGUGUCUACAAUAAUGACAGAAAUGUUGCCGUUAAGGUUCUGAAGAUCGGCACAAUGUCAGCAGAAGCUUUUCUGGCAGAAGCCAACAUGAUGAAAAACCUACUACAUCCUCGCCUUGUGCGCCUCUUUGCUGUGGUUAGCCAGGAGCCCAUCUUUAUUGUCACAGAGUACAUGGAAAACGGAAGCCUGCUGGAUUACCUAAAAACAACACCGGGGAGUCACUUGUCAGUGAAAGCAUUGAUAGACAUGGCAUCUCAGGUGGCAGACGGCAUGGCGUACAUUGAGCAGAAAAAUUACAUUCACAGAGACCUGCGUGCUGCCAACAUCUUGGUGUCCCAUGAACUCAUAUGCAAGGUGGCAGACUUUGGACUUGCGAGAAUCAUUGAGGACAACGAAUAUACAGCCAGAGAGGGUGCAAAGUUUCCCAUCAAGUGGACGGCCCCAGAAGCUAUUAAUUAUGGGAAAUUUUCCAUAAAGUCUGAUGUGUGGUCAUUUGGGAUCCUUCUGACAGAAAUAGUGACAUAUGGACGUAUACCAUACCCUGGUAUGUCCAACCCUGAGGUGAUCCUGAACCUGGAGCAGGGCUACAGAAUGCCAAAGCCAGAAAAAUGUUCAGAUGGACUUUAUAAUAUCAUGUGCCUCUGCUGGAGGGAAAACCCAGAAAAUAGGCCCACAUUUGAGUACCUGAGGAGUGUUCUGGAGGACUUCUUCAUUGCCACAGAGCAUCAGUACCAAGCAUAGCCUUGACUGCUCAGAAGGACUUAGUGGAUGUGGUUGCAGGGUGGGCUCUUGUCAUGAGUCAGCUGUGUUUCAUCAGUGUUCUUUCAUGCUUUACUUUUUUAUUAUUAAAAUGUGUUACCUUGUUUGUACAGUAAAAAAACUAUACCUUUCAAAGAU